AUGUACGAGGUCAACCACCCAGUGUUCCCCCAGCUUCAAAACAUCGGCAAAGAAAUCACGUCCAAGGUCAAACCCUCGGCAAUCGUAGUCUUCUCAGCCCACUGGCAAGCCGAACGCGUCAACACGAUCGAAGUCAACGUCUCGGAAGAAGAGCCUCUGCUCUACGACUAUUACGGCUUCCCACGCCACUACUACAUGGAGAAAUUUCCAAACAAGGGCUCGGCGAAAGUCGCUCAACGAGUCAUUGAUGUCCUGGGGGACAAUGGCAUCCGCACGGAGAGGACGGAAAGGGGGCUCGACCACGGCGUCUUCGUCCCCUUCAAGGUCAUGUUUAAUCCGGAGCAGAACCCUCUGACGGUGCCCAUCGUCCAAGUUAGCUUGUUUGACGACGACACGGACGCUGCAGCACAUAUUAGACUGGGUCGCGCUGUGGAGAAACUCAGGGAGGAGAACAUCCUCAUCAUCUGCUCGGGAAUGAGCGUACACAACCUUCGUCAUCUCAUGAUGCUCGGCAGAGGAACAGAUCGAACAAUGCCGUACACCGUGACUUUUGACGAUGCCUUGAAAGUCGCGGCCGAGACGGAACCGGGUGAGCAGAGGGACAAAAAUAUGAUUGGACUGCUGGAGAGGCCAGAUGCGAGACAAGCUCAUCCGACUUUUGAGCAUUUACUGCCUAUCCAUAUUGCGGUCGGGGCAGCUGGUAGCGAUCAAGGUAAGCAGUCGUGGACGCUUGCCGAGGCCAGCAUGGGAUGGGCGCAAUAUCGUUUCGGAGAACUUGCGGCAUAA